UGGGACUGGUGGGAGCUGGGAGAAGAAAAGACUGCUUUUGUGCCGCUAUGGUAACUGGAGGUUUUCCAGUUUGAGGCCUGAAGGGGGGACCUGCUGCUGCUGCUCUUACUACUGAAUGAGGUUUCAUUUUUCUUGUGGAAAAAUAUCCUCUUAUAUUGAGAUGGCAUUUGCACCUCCCAAAAACCUAGAUGGCCCCAAAAUGCAGACAAAAAUGAGUACCUGGACACCCCUAAACCAUCAGCUUUUGAAUGAAAAGAUAUUUGAAGAAAGAAGAAUCCUGCUUGGAAAAUGGUUUGACAAGUGGACAGAUGCUCAGAGGAGAAGAAUCUUGACAGGCUUGUUUGAGCAGUGCUCUCUGUCACAGCAGAAGUUCUGUAGUCGACAACUUCAGGAAAGAAUUCCAGCAGAAGCAGUAGAUUUCACGACCAAGCUCCCCAGGGUGUUGUCUCUGUACAUCUUUUCUUUUCUAGACCCCCGAAGUCUCUGUCGAUGUGCACAGGUGAGCUGGCACUGGAAGAACUUGGCUGAAUUGGAUCAGCUGUGGAUGCCCAAGUGUUUGCGUUUUAACUGGUGCAUCAAUUUCUCUCCAACUCCAUUUGAGCAGGGAGUGUGGAAGAAGCACUAUAUUGAGAUGGUGAAAGAACUUCACAUUACUAAGCCCAAGACUCCACCAAAAAAUGAUUUUAUGUCUACUGACAUUCAGACAGAAUCAGAUGACCCUACAGAGGUGAAGCAAACCCCUUCAUUGGCCCUUCAUUCCUCCUGCUCAUUUAGGAAGAAGACUAACCGAGGGGAAAAGGACCUUCCACCAUGGCGUUCUUCUGAUAAACAUCCCACUGACAUCAUUCGGUUCAAUUACCUAGACAACUGUGAUCCCAUCAAACAAGCCUGGCAGGUAAAGAAGAAAGGAAAUGAACAGGCCUCAGAUUUCAGCCGACAAUCACAUAACAAGAAAAAUAAAUUUCAAGACAGAUCCAAGCUGAGAAAAGCCCAAUCACUGAAAAGAGAAAAAAUGAAUUUAUGCCAAGAACCACCAGGAACACAGAGGAAUCUUUCCAUCUGUCCCUCUUGCCUCAGUCUGAUGUGAAAAACAAAACACUUAAAAUGUGGGGAGUGUGUUUAAUCAUAUUUUUUCUAGCUGAUUCCUCUUGCUGUCUCUGGCUCUGGCUCUACCUGGGGACUUUGGCUUUCUCAGAACAAACCCAGCUUUGCUAGCAUUUAGAUAGCAAUAUCCUCCUCCUCCUCCUCCUCCUGAUUAACACCCACAAACAUCCAUUAAGUCCUGCUCCUUUCCAACUUAGUAAAACCUGCCAGAGCUUACGUUCCCUUGAGAGUCUUCAAGAACCCACAGUCAUCUCUGAACCUCUCAGUAAGAUCUGCCAUAAAGGUUGGCCUCGUAAUCUGUAUGGAAAAAAUCACGUGGACCAAGACUGCACACGAUCCAGACUUUGACAUGUUCACAUCUUGGACAGACAAUGGAGACAGAGGCUGAGCUGAAUCUGGAAGGAACUCAAAGGAGAAGAGGCUGGAGCACAUUUGGGAAACUGUGCAAUGCUCUCUACAAUCCCAAGGUGCUCUCUGCCGCCAAAGCCCAUCUUUAACAUACUCUCCUGGUGGUUCUCUAUAGCUGCAAACCCCAAGAUACGAUGAUUUAAAAAGAGCCAGUAUUUCUGGAGACCCAAAGAGGUGUGGAAGGAUUCAAGAACUGACAUAAAAGACAACAGUGAGGCUUGGAUGACCAGAAAAGAAAGUGAAUCCCACCUCUAAUACAUAUAACUAUGUGACCAUGGACAAUCCAAAACUCAUUAAGUGUCAUCUGUAAAAUGGGAAUGAUAAAACCUGAGGUACCUAUUUCACAUGGUGGCUAUGAAUAUAAAAUGAAAUAAUGUAUACUUUGCAAACACUUUGCAAACCUUAAGUGCUACAUGAACUUCUGUGACUAUAAUUGAUGUUGUUGUGUAUCAGGAAUGAAAAAUACCAGAUGGAUAGCCCAAGUGUUAUUGCACUUGUAUCAGAGGAAGGCCUCUGAUACAUUGAAUAAAUAUUCUAUGGAGAAUCUUUGUAAAGACAUAGACAAGAACUGCACAAGAUGAGCUGCCGUGAAUGGAUUGCUAUCUGCAUCAGUGGGAGGAGUUACUCAUCUAAGUGAGAUCUUGUAUCUGUGGAUACAUCAAGAAAUAAACUACAGUGAACUGGCGUGACUUGUUUGUGCUGCAUGAAUUCUCGUGAAUGUGCUCACAUCUUUGGGGAGGGUUGGUGUCAGGGGGUUGCUCCUUAGAUCAGUCAUUGUAAGGCAAGAGCCACAUUAGGGUUAAACUUUUAAAUGUACAUAGCAUCCUAUGCUCCUGCUCUGCUGUGUCUCUCUUCCUUUCUCCAUUCCUUUCUUCUCUUCGUUUUUAUGGCCAAAUAUUGGCAUAGCCCAUCUAAUGCCACUAAGAAGGCAACGUUGGGUGAGAUGAGGUGAGGAGGGCAAUUAAUUAGUUCCCUAAGAACAGUUGUUACAGGUGAAUGGUCAACUGAACCAUUAUAGCAGGAACUUGUGACUUUACAAUGGAGUAUGGUUAUAAUAUUUUAACAAUGUUAUUACAGAAUCACUUUGGUCAGGACCACGUUAUGUAUGGGAUGCCUGUAUGAAGGAGAGAUC